AAGAGGUGGAUGUGUGGAGUGGUUCGUUUUCAUACUUCACAGCCAGCUAGCUGUUGAACUUGAAUGUACUACGACUUAUUUUUGGCGUGGUCCCUACAUCUAGCUUACACCGCCUGUCGCCAACUAACUGAUAACAUCCCCGGCCGCCGGAAUGUCUGCAAUCUCUGCCGCCUUACCGGUCCCGACUCCCGCUUCCACCUCGGUAAACAGCGUUGGUAAUUUCCAUCAGACUCUUUUCCCGUUAUUCACCGAUAGGACAAGAAAGUCAACUCCUCCUAUAGAGUCAUCACUCAUCAGCAGAUACAGCAACCAUUGCUUUCUCUUCCGGAAGGUCUCUCGGCGAUCAACCCCAAGACUUCGAUUCCUCUUCUCCCCCGUCAUGAAAUGGCAAGAUUGCAAGGUGAAGAUGGACAUAGAUGUACCCUCUUCAAUUGCUUAUAAAUGCUAUGCCGAUCGUGAAGCAAUUCCCCAGUGGAUGCCUUUUAUUUCGUCUGUGAAGAUUUUAGAAGAUAAGCCCGAACUAUCUCGAUGGUCACUCAGUUAUAAAGCAUUUGGACAGAAUAUUGAAUUCUCUUGGCUUGCCCAUAAUAUGCAACCUAUUCCAAACCAGAAAAUUCACUGGAGAUCCCUUGAAGGUCUUCCCAACAGGGGAGCUGUUCGUUUUUUCCCUAAAGGCGCUUCAUCAUGUACCGUAGAACUAACAGUUUCAUAUGAAGUUCCUUCAUUGUUGAUUCCUGUGGCAUCAGCGUUACAACCUUUUACUGAAAGCUUGCUGCUACGCGGGUUAGAAGCGUUUGCGAAAUUCGCUCGAGGCUACACAACUAUGCAACCUAUUCAUAUUGAAACUGUGAAAAGUGACCAGUGAUAUCUUGGACUCUUAUAGUCUUAUAGUCUUAUCAUAAGACUAUUAUGCUUUCCUUGAAGUAUAACAAAGCAUGUUGAACCUCAGCUGCUGACACGAACCUGCGCUGCAAACUCAGUUUCUGACAUGGCUGACUGUAUAUCUCAACACUUGGUGUGCGUUUGGCAGAACUUACAUAAGAGACCAAGGACUCUAUGAAGAUAUAAAGAAGCUACGGAGCAUUAGUUCCAGUGCCUAGGAGACUAGGUUGUUUUAAGCUUUAAAUAAGAUAUUAGUUCUCGUACAUGUUUUCAUCUGGAAAGCUCAUCCCAUGAAGGAAACAAACUCCCACAUAGUAACUUUUUAUUUUGUUCCACUAAUGCCCACGUUAUUAUGUUACAUAAUCAAGUCUUCAAUCAUUAUCGAUCUUUGUUUUUAUGGAGUAUUAGACUAUUAGUUACUGAAUUCUUAGUUUUAGCAAACAAUUUUAUUAUCAAUUAGAGCUAUUGAACUUUUAUAUUGCAGUGAUAAGUCUGU